AGUUAGACUCUUAGAGGAGGAAAAUAUAUAUAUAUAUACACAUAGAAGAAAAUUAAGUGCAGGUGGAGUUGGUAAUGGCAAUGGUAAAGAGUGAAGAAAAUCUGAGGAGGCCUCAUGGAGUGAGAAUGGCAGACGGCGCGCCCGAUCAGGCGAGGCGCAUCAAGCGCAGGAGAAGAGAGACAGCUGCAGUUACUGAUGCUCGAGCGAAGGAAGUUAAUCAGGAAGUGGACGCAGCAGCAGCAGCAGCGCCAACGACUGUGAAAAGAAGUUCAAGGUUCCGUGGGGUGAGCCGCCAUCGAUGGACAGGAAGGUACGAGGCACACUUAUGGGACAAACUGUCUUGGAAUGUUACUCAGAAGAAGAAGGGAAAACAAGGUAUUGUUUUUACAUCGUUUAUCUAUAUGUCUUUACAUUAUUUGUUUGAUGACUAACAUAAGCUUCGACACUUCUGGUGGAUCAAUCGCGGCAUCUGCUCUGGAUCACAUCACAUCCCAUCCCCAGUUUAUCUUGGGGCUUAUGACGAUGAAGAAGCUGCGGCAAGAGCAUAUGACUUAGCAGCACUCAAGUAUUGGGGAACAUCAACAUUCACAAACUUCCCUAUCACUGAUUACCAGAUGGAAAUCGAGAUUAUGAAGACUGUCACCAAAGAAGAGUACCUUGCCUCUCUUAGAAGAAGAAGCAGUGGCUUCUCUAGAGGCGUAUCCAAGUACAGAGGUGUCGCAAGACACCAUCACAACGGAAGAUGGGAAGCAAGGAUAGGGCGGGUAUUCGGAAACAAGUACCUCUACCUCGGCACUUACAGUACGCAAGAGGAGGCAGCACGCGCCUACGACAUUGCAGCGAUCGAAUACCGCGGAAUAAACGCCGUCACGAAUUUCGACCUAAGCACAUACAUCAGAUGGUUGAAGCCAGGAAGCAACUACAUUCCAAGCCCUGCUCAAGAAGUUAAGACAAACAUGGAGUUUCCGGCUCUGUCCUCUGUCCCAUUCCUGACCGGAGAUCCCGGCCCUGUCUCGCCCUUGCCCUCUCCGUGUCUGAAGAGAAAAGCCUUGAGCAUGGACCAUCUGCAAGAAACAAUAUUUGCUCCGGCUACGCCAUCUCUAUGCAGCAAAUCCUCUCCAACGGCUCUCGGCAUACUCUUCCGGUCUCCAGUGUUUCGGGAACUUGUGGAAAAGAACGCAAUGUCCGAAGAAGAAUUCCGAGGAAACUCCGAAUCCGACAACAUGGUUGCUCAGAUCGCCGGCGACAAUGGAUCAUGUGUUGGGAUGUUCUGUGAUGAUCUACCAUUUGUAGUAUCUGACGACAAUGGACACGUCCCUCUGGAAUAUGCAGCUUGUCCGGACACUAUAGGGAUGCCUCCAAUCUACUAAUCAACACGAUUUUAACUACAUGAAUAUAUAUUGUCAUAUAUAUAUAUAUUUGAUUUCAGGUCAUAUAUAUAUUCAAGCAGCCACUGAAUGAAUGAAUAAUAAUAACAAUGCCUGUACUGUAAAUUGAUCGCGUGACAUGAUA